AUGGCAACGGAAGGUUUAGGACUUGAGAUUACAGAGCUAAGAUUGGGCCUUCCAGUAGAUAACAACGGUGAAAGAUUAGUUAAUAGCGGACCUAAGAAGACAAUAAAGAGGGUGUUCUCCGAGAUGAUGAUAUCAUCAUUAGAUACUGACGGUGAAAACAGCGUCGCUUCGUCUGUGGACAUUGUCACUGGUGAGGUUGAGGAUGAAUCUUUACCGAAAGGUAAGAGUCCGGUGGUAGGGUGGCCACCGGUGUGUUCUUAUAGGACAAAGAAGAACAACAAUAAAAAAUCAUCGAAAGCGAUAGGGUACGUGAAAGUCAGCAUGGACGGUGUGCCAUACUUAAGGAAGGUUAACCUUGGUUCAAGCAAGGGUUAUACUCAUCUAGCCACCGCUCUUGGGAAAUUCUUUGGCUGUCUUGGUCUAGGAGUUGCAUUGAAAGAAGUAGAGAAAUUUGAAUACGUUAUUAUAUACGAGGAUAAGGAUAGAGACUGGAUGCUCGUAGGAGAUGUUCCUUGGCAGUACGAUGUUCAAAGAGUCAUGCAAGAGGAAUGUUUUCUUCAAGAAUAA